UGUCUGUCCAACAAAGGAAGUGGAAGCAUUAAAUGUCUCAUGUACAGCUGAUUUGGAUUGUCCAGAAAAUAAAAAAUGCUGUGAGACAUCUAAAGGAACUGGUUGUUCAGAUCCUGUACCAGAAGAGAAAACAGUGAAAAGUUACUGGUAUAAUGUGUCAGUCCUGGUGAAAAUGGAUUUCAAUCAGUUAAUCAGAGUGGAUCCAAGACUUCUGAAUCAUUCACGCCUGUUGCACUCUAUGAUUACUGGAGCAUUAUGGCCUUUGAAUGCUUCAGUGUACCAUGUCCAGACUACACAGGCAGAAACCUACGCAGAGACAUUAGCUUCUCAGAUCCUGAUUCAGCUGCAACAGCCGGUUCCAUUGGUGAACGUUUCUUCUUUGCUGAGAGACAUUGUGAUGAGAGUGUCUGAAGUAAUCGACAUUGUUGUGCAAGAUUCUGAUUCAAGUUCACCAGAUAUUUUGAGCAAAACUUGCAAUACUUCUGCUUUGCUGAUAAACUCAACAUUCACAUCACAGGAAGCUGGUGGAUCAGUGGAUUCUGAAUGCUAUCUUGUUCCUAUCAGAAACCACAGGAUCUUCAAUGUUACUAGCAGCAGUUUUGAGGUUUCUUGGAGUGUAAAUUCCAUGGUAAACCAUUCAUUCCAAAUAAAAGUGUACAAAGGCAAGGAGUUCAUUCAAGGAAUGGAAACCACUGAUACAAAACUGGAUGUGUUUGGACUGGAAGCAGGUGUAAUGUACACAGUCAAGAUCAGUUAUGAAGUCUGUGGCAAAAACAUCACCUCAUACAGAAAUGUGAAGACUGAUGCAUUGGUAUUUGGUAUUACCAUAAGGAUCUUGAACUUUAACUUCACGGACCAGUUACUCCACAUCAGCAGCAUAGAAUAUCAGACAUUUUCCAACACUGUGGUGACUGAGAUUGGAAAUUCAUUUCCAUCAAAUAUGUUUGCAUUAUACAAAACAGGAAAGCUCAAAGUACAAAUGGACUCCCUUAAAACUGGUAGUAUCAUUGUGAGGCUUAAAAUCAUAAUAGAAGACCCCCAGUUUCCAAAAGACUUGUCUGCAUUUGAAACAAUGAUUUCAUCACUACACAACAGUUCUGUAUUGCUUCUUGACCCACAGAGCACUAUAGUGGAAGAUUGGGAUGAAUGUGCAUCUAGAGCAGAGAAUGACUGCUGUAAGUAUGCACAAUGUAUCAAUACCAUAGGCUCUUAUAUGUGCAGAUGCAAGACAGACACAGAUGCCAAUCCAUCCCGACCAGGGAGAAACUGUGAGGGUGAAAUAGUGGAUCCUGUUACAGGAAUGGUACCUACAUUUGAAUCCAUUACGGAAGGACUCCCUGUGACAAGUGCCCCCUCUCUGUCAGUGGAAAAAAUGAUAGUGACUUCAUUCACAUCUAAGUCCAGUGAGACAUCAGAUAUACUUCCUGUGCUGCUCUCAAGUGGUACCCAAGAAUCAAGCACUCCUCCAACCGACGAAACACUCCCAACUUCUUUUCAGAGACUGAGCACUUCGGGGUCUUUCAGGAAUAACACCACCACUUCAGAAAUACCCCUUCUUGUGACAGAACAAUGGGACAGCAUAACUACACCAAAUGGAAACUUAACUGAAGAAGGAUCAACAGUGCAAGAACAGCACAAUUCUUCAUUGUCUACAUUGCCUACAGUUUUAAAUACCACCGUUUAUGCUUCUGUGAGAAAUGGGUCCUUAGGAGACACUAGUACGCAUAGCCUCCUCCCCGAUGGGAGUUCUCAGAGAGAUCAAAUUUUAGACUCACCUGUUACAGAGCACCCCAACUUUCAUGCUCUAAAUCAUUCUCUCGAUAAUGAGAUGGGAACAGACAACAGCUCUUGGUCAGAGAAAAAAUCGCCAACAUGGUUGCCAGCUUCUUCUGAAGAACAAUCACUGUUUUCUACCACAGUUGCCUCCCUUGUCACAGACUGUGGUGCUGAAAAAAUGUUUUUUUCUAAUGUAACUAGUACCAGCUUUCAUGUAGUCUGGACCACAGAUCUUACACUGAAUCAUACUUUCCAGUUUCUGCUGCUUGAGGGAAAGCAUCUUAUACAGGAGGUUAAGACCCAGAGCAACAAUCUGACUAUUUCCCGACUAGAACCUGGCAUCUUGUACACUGUUGAAAUUAGGAUAGAGGUGUGUGGAAAUAAAAGUAAACCAAUACAGCGGAAAGUAAAGACAGCUGCCCAGAAAUUUAAUGGGACAGUCAGGAUAAAAAAUCUGAACUAUAGUUCAAACUUCUGCAACUCAAGUAGUGAAGAAUACCAGAAUUUUACACAGUUGUUUCUAACUGAGGUCCGUACAUCUCUGCCACUUAACAUUCUUCAGGAAAUGGAUGCAGAUGUGAUUAAAAUGUUGAUAACAAGUGUUACUAAUGGAAGCAUAGUGGUCAACUUCACUCUCCUGAUUGCCACAGAUAUGGAUGCAAGGAAUGUUUCUGGGGCUUUUCUUGAUGCCCUUCAGCACAGCAGCCAUUUCAUGGUUGAUAACAGCAGUCUUUCAGUUCAUGAUUAUGAUGAGUGUGAGAGAGAAGAAACAGAUUGUUCUCCUGAUGCAUCUUGCAAUAACACUUAUGGAUCCUAUGAAUGCCACUGCAAAGAAGGGUUUGCCAAUGUAAAUGCUGAGAGACCCGGGAGAAACUGUGAAGUACUGCUUCCUAACCACCAUUAUGGAGGUAUACAGACGAAAGGCAGGAGCAGCACGGUCUUACCUUUGACAUAUCCGUAUACACCAACCCAUUUACCAUCACCUUCAAGAGAAGAUUCUUCUGUCUCCACAGCCAUAAUUUCGCCUGCUGGAGAGAUUUCCAUUAAGAAUGCAGUUCAAGUGCUCUGUGAGAUUGGAAGAAUUGUCAUCAGCAUUCGGAAAGUCUUUCUCAAGCAGGAAUCUAUGCUGGAAUCCUCCAUCUUCCUUGGAAAGCCUCACUGCAACGUUAGCAGCAGCAAUUCCAGUCAUGUCGUACUUAGGACUGGGUGGAAUGAAUGUGGAACGUUGGUACAAAGUAAUACAACACAUACCAUAGUGAAAUCAAUGCUCCGAAAUGAUAAGUCUGGACUGGGAAUUGUCCAUCACUCAAAGGUUCUUAGUACAGUUCACUGUGUGUUUCAGAAUGAUGUCUUAACUUCAUCUGGAUACACUCCAGAAGGAGUUUAUACCAUUUUUGAGGAUUUACAUGGAUCAGGACGUUUCUUAACAGCAAUGCAGUUGUUUAUUGGAAAUUCUCCGAUUCCCAAAAAUUUCAGCAUCUCUGCUAGUGAUGACAUAAUGAUUGAGGUGGGAAUGAAGAAAGAUGAUGAUAGGCUCAAGGUGGUUGUCAGUGAAUGUUGGGCAACUCCAUCGAACAACUCAAUGGAUCAUCUGUCAUUUCCUUUUAUACGUGGCAGCUGCCCAAUUUCAAAUACACAUACCUCUAUCAUUGCGAAUGGAGUCUCCAACAAAGCCCGAUUUAAGCUGAAAAUCUUUUCCUUUGUCAAUGACUCAGUGGUUUACUUACACUGCAAAAUCCAUAUUUGUGUGGAAAUUGUUGCAGGCACUUGCAAAACGAACUGCAAUGGUGCCCGUUCCAUGAGGACUGGGAAAACAAUUGAAUCGCCUAAUGCAUCUUGGGGGCCUCUGCGCAAAUCUAACAUUGAUUUAAAUGAAGAGAAGAAGCCUGGUUUAGGAGCAGGUUAUAUAGUCCUCAUUGUCAUUGGUGUAUUUGGUUUUAUCCUGGUAAUAGCAGGUAUUUUGCUUUACCAUCACCAACGAAAGACUGGGGUAUACAACUUCAAAGUCAAGUCUGACAAUUUUAACUACCAAGUGUUCUAUGACUGAGCAUUUCAAGUUUGCCACAUGUAAGUUCGAUCAUGUUGUAACAGGUGUGUUGUCUGAUCACUGUAAAUAGGCCUAUGAAAUGAUUCUGCAUUACAGUCAUGCCUGACCAGGGUCUGAAAAUUGACAAAAUAAUAUUAAUGCUCCUUAAUGGUCAGUAAUGUAUGGAGAUUAAUUGUUAGGAGAUGGUCUCUGGGUACAGAAAUGUCUCUGGAAUACUUGGAAUUGGGGAAAGCCAUCAGAGCUGGAGGAAGGUGAUACAUCACAUCACAUCCCGCUCAGCUAGUGGGAGGAGACUGAUGCAAGGUAGGUAGGUGUGGAAACAAAAGAAAUAACUUAGAGCCGGCAUUUGUAGAAUUGAGAGAGAUGGGGAGAAAGAACUGAAGGCAGGGAUCUGAUAUGGGAUAGUGGCUCUAUUGCUAGGUGAACAUGCAGCUUGUCUCUACCUGUGCUAGAUAUUUGUAAAUAAACCGAAAUUACAAGAAUGAUUUGCGCUUCUAAUGAUUUCUCCUCCAGAGUGAGCCAAACCCAGGUAGUACUGCCCCUGCCCUGAA